AUGGAGUCGUCUUGGAGCAAUGGUUUGGAAAGAGGCUUUUGGGUUUCUGAUAAUGGUUUCGAAUUCCCAGUUGAAACCCUGAAAAGAACCACAAAUCCUCAAUCUGAGAGGAACUUAAUCCCAUUCUGUGAAGGGGAAUUAUUAAUGGUUGAUAUGAUGUGGAACUCACUGGUAAGUUCUUCAAGUGCUGACAGAGAUGAUGAUGAUGAUGGUGCUAUCAAGAUGUUAUCAUCUGAAUCUUCAUUGCCAUCAAAAAGACCCAGAACUACAAAUCAUGAGGAAACAAAGGGAAGAGGACAAAGUUCACCGACACAUACACAAGACAGUAGUGUCAUGAAUUUUAGUUGUUCCCAGGUUCCUGUCUGCCAAGUUGAUGGGUGUAAGAGGGAUCUUAGAUCCUCUAAACACUACCACAGAAAGCAUAAAGUGUGCCCUGAGCAUUCUAUUGCUGCCCAAGUUGUUGUUAAUGGAGCUGAGCAGCGAUUCUGCCAACAAUGCAGCAGGUUUCAUAUAAUGGCAGAAUUUGACGACAAAAAACGCAGUUGCCGCAAACGCCUUACACAGCACAAUGAGCGCAGACGAAAGCCUCUGAACCAAAUUCAUUGGGGGGCUGCAGCAAGGUUCCUAGAUGUGGCUUCCCAGAGGCUGCCAAUGCCAUUCCACUUUCCUGCACAACUUUCCCAGACUUAUUUCUGCCAUGACAUCUAUGGGAAGAACAGUAGCUGCCAAAUGGAAUCAACAGUACUGCAACAAUCAAAUGCCCACACCAAUGCCAAUCAGCACGACCCACAAAAACAAGCUUCCAUGGAAGAAACUUCAUCAGCUGCUGGCCGAAAAUCCAAACAUGCUCUCUAUCUUCUGUCAGCAGAACCAACUGGUGGCAACCUUCCUGCUAUCACUUCAAAUAGCCUCACAUUCCAUGGCUGCAAUGGAGCUGAUCAGCCAGAAGGAAAUUAUCAAGAAAGUGGAUCUGUUCUUGAUCUGCAACAGUUAUCAGCUCUGUUCCAAAGGGUGCAGCAGCAGCAGCAACAGGAAUUCGCUUCAUUUUGAUCUAAACUGUACCGACGAGGGAAACCUGUAAUCACUAUAUAUCUAAGGGCGUGCAAUAAUCAUCUGUUUAUGCCCACUUCCUCAUCUGGAUGGUAAAAUAGAGCAGGC